AUGUACGAUUUCCCUGAUGAGAUGGUUUUGGAGACUCUUCGAGUUAAUAAGCUAUAUGCUAAGUUUCCUAAGUGCGAGUUCUCGCUGAAGAAGGUGUCAUUUCUUGACCAUGUAGUAUCCACUGAGAGAGUCUCUGUGGACCCAACGAAGAUUGAAGUUGUGACCAGUUGGCCUCGAUCGUCUACAGUUAGUGAGGUUCGUAGUUUUCUGGGCUUAGCAGGUUAUUACAGAAGGUUCGUGGAAGAUUUCUCUAGUAUACUCAGUCCAUUGACUCAGUUGACUAGGAAGGGAACUUCUUUUGUUUGGAGCUCAGCAUGUGAGAGUAGUUUCCAGGAGCUUAGGCAGAAGCUUGUGACUGCGCUAGUCCUUACAGUGCCAUAUGGGUCUGGAAGUUUUGUGAUCUUCAGUGACGCCUCCAAGAAAGAACUAGAUUGUGUUUUGAUGUAG